GGAAGACCAUUCACAUUAAAGACACAACCAGCCUAUCUUAGAUGUUGGUUGAAACCUUGUCCUAAGCUUGCCACAAAGAUUACCAAACCAAUACAGUAACACUCGCGAGUCGCAUUAUGCAGCAACUGUGAUAAAAGUGCAGUUAGUUUAACCGUUACUUUUUUUUCUGACGCAGAUGCGUAAAACGAAUAGUCUACUCGAGGAUGAUUCAUCAUUGGAAAAGUAUGCAGACCAGUAUGCCACCAGCAUCGUUACCGGUUUUGAUCUUCAAAUAAUUUAUCAAAUGGAUUUGAAUGUGCGAAAUUAGGCUAUUUGAAAUGCAUGCAAUCAAAUGUGCCGCUUUGGGUGGCCACAUACGUUUUAUUCAGUAUCACAGAGGUAUUUUGGUUUUAUUUGUCAUGUUGGCCAUUUUAUCACGAGGUGUCUACGCGACCGAAAACCAUGACAUUUCAGGCAACGAAACAUCUCGCAACCCACCACUCAAGACAGAAGCCUCACGCAAUACAACUUCAACCAGCUCUGCUCACCACAAAAAGGCUUUCCCUGUCCUCUCUGUAAACUACGAUCACGUCCGAAAGCCUUUUGAGAUCUCGCUAUGGAUCCUUCUCGCCUUGCUGAUGAAACUUGGGUUCCACGUCACCCCCUGUGUGUCAGGCGUGGUUCCAGAGAGCUGCCUGCUCAUCGUGGUGGGGCUCCUGGUGGGAGGGUUCAUGAGGGCCAUCGGAGAGCCUGCUCCCAUCCUGGACUCCAAGCUGUUCUUCCUCUACCUGCUGCCGCCCAUCAUCCUGGACGCCGGCUACUUCCUGCCCAUCCGGCCCUUCACCGACAACAUGGGCACCAUCCUGAUGUUCGCCGUGGUGGGCACGCUGUGGAACACCUUCUUCCUGGGAGGCAUGAUGUACGCGGUGUGUCAGCUGGAGGGCUCCCCCUACCUGAGCCAGGUGGACCUGCUCUCCUGCCUGCUGUUCGGGUCCAUCGUGUCGGCCGUGGACCCCGUGGCCGUGCUGGCCGUGUUCGAGGAGAUCCACAUCAACGAGCUGCUGCACAUCCUGGUGUUCGGGGAGUCCCUGCUCAACGAUGCCGUCACCGUGGUCCUGUACCACCUGUUUGAGGAGUUUGCUGACGUGGGCUUUGUGACGGUGCUGGACGCUGUCCUGGGCGUGGCCUGUUUCCUGGUGGUGGCGCUGGGCGGUCUCCUGGUGGGCGCCAUCUACGGCCUGCUGGCGGCCUUCACCUCCCGCUUCACUUCCCAUACGCGCGUCAUCGAGCCGCUGUUCGUCUUCCUCUACAGCUACAUGGCCUACCUGUCAGCUGAGGUGUUCCACCUGUCUGGCAUCAUGUCGUUAAUAGCAUGUGGGGUGGUGAUGAGGCCCUAUGUGGAGGCCAACGUAUCCCACAAGUCCUACACCACCAUCAAGUACUUCCUGAAGAUGUGGAGCAGCGUGAGCGAGACCCUCAUCUUCAUCUUCCUGGGCGUGUCCACGGUGGCCGGGCCGCACACCUGGAACUGGACCUUCGUCAUCGUGACCGUCAUCCUCUGCCUCGUGUCGAGGGUCAUGGGUGUGGUGGGCCUCACCUUCAUUAUUAACAAGUUCCGUAUUGUUAAGUUGACCAAGAAGGACCAGUUCAUCGUGGCCUACGGUGGCCUGCGAGGUGCAAUCGCCUUCUCCCUGGGUUACCUGCUGACCAAUCACAAGAUGAGGAACUUGUUCCUCACCGCCAUCAUCACAGUCAUCUUCUUUACUGUGUUCGUUCAGGGCAUGACGAUCAGACCUUUGGUUGACCUGCUGGCUGUGAAGAAGAAGAAGGAGAGCAGACGGUCCAUCAACGAAGAGAUACACAGCCAGUUCCUGGACCAUCUUCUGACGGGGAUCGAGGAGGUGUGUGGCCACUACGGACAUCAUCACUGGAAGGACAAGCUGAAUCGCUUCAACAAGACCUACGUGAAGAAGUGGCUGAUUGCAGGCGAGCGUUCCUCAGAGCCGCAGCUCAUCUCCUUCUACAACAAGAUGGAGCUGAAGCAUGCAAUGGAGCUGGUGGAGAGCGGCAGCUCAGCCAAGCUGCCCUCUUACCCCUCCACUGUGUCCAUGCAGAACAUCCGGCGGGGAGGCCAGGAUGCAGAACAGCCUCGUAUCUCUGAGGCCCGCCAGGAGGAGAUCAGGAAGAUGCUGAGGGGGAACCUACAGAGGGUCAAACAGCAGGCUGGUGCCCACAGCAUCUCACCCCAGAUCAAGACCAGACAGAGGGUGCGCUCCUACAGCAGACACACGUUGGCUCUGGACCCGGAGGAGGAGGACGCGCUGUCAGAACUCCGGCUCCGCAAACAGAGAGUGGACAUGGGGAGGAGGAUGAGCCACUACCUCACUGUUCCAGCCAAGCAGGGCACUCCGCCUGUCAGGAGAGUGCGAUUUGAAUCAGACAGCCACGGUCUGAGCAGUGUGGACCCGCCGACCCAGCACUCUCUCCACGCUACGAGGCUGAUGGAGGAGUCAGACAGGACAGGUCACCAGAACACACCCCAGAACCAGGGCUGGGAGACAGGCGCGGUGUCCAGGGCUGACCACGGCCAGCGACAGCCAGACCAACGACGCCUCCGGUGUCUCAGCGACCCGGGCCCUGAGGAGGACGAGGAGGAAGGUCUCUUCCUGUCUUGUUGAUGAUGCACUUCCUGUGACCUCUGAGUGUUACGUGCUUAGAGAAUCUCCACUCGUUUUACUGAAACCUAUUUAUCAUGUGUCUGUGCGGUUGAUAUUUAGACUAUGGGAGAAUAACUUUCCUCCACAGGUCUCAUGACUUUUGAUAAGAAACCGAUUUGGUAGUCCUUCACAUUAUCAGAAUCGUUAUUUCUGUGUUGACACUCUUAUUUUUCACAUUUAAACAUCACGAACAGCUACAUCAUGACAUGAUCAGAUAUGCUUAUUGACUUAUUGUGCUGAUAUCAAGGAAUAAGAAUCUGUCUUUCAGCCCUGCUGUCUUAUUUACUAGCUUUGCACUUCAUUCACUGCCUGCAUGAAUGACAACGUGUUUUCUCAGGGAUUGCAACACGGAUUCACGGCAAUAUACCGACCGUACGCCUAGAUACUUCACGGACAACUUGCAGUCGAUAUUAUUAAAAGUCAAGUGCACUGGAAGUUUAGGUAUUUUUGUUGUUUCAAUAGGAAGCAAAUGAGUGUGAACCAACAUGUGUGCUAAUAUAUAUCAAAGGAAUGUCUCCUGUCAUGCCUUGUCUUCUGUGUUAGAGGGGGACGUGCAACACCUGCUCCAGCAUUGUCCUAAUGUCACCUUGCAAUUAAUCGUUUAUAUUAUAAAAACAGUGUGCCAAGUUCAGUAUUUUUAUACCAGAUAAGAAGGUACUAGGUUCUUUGUAUUCACAAAAUAAAGCUUUACAGAAUGCACUGGAAA